GAGUCGCUCGACAGCGCCGCUGGUGUAGUGGUAUCAUGCAAGAUUCCCAUUCUUGCGACCCGGGUUCGAUUCCCGGGCGGCGCACGCCCUCUUAUUACUUUUUGUUUUCCUGUUCAUCUCUGAACGCCUUGCAAUCUGAACACCAUUCCUAAAAAGGUGAGUCGCAAAUGCAACAAAUGAACGUUCAAAGUGACAAACACGCUGAAAACAAGGUGCUAGACCCCAGGAAACCACAGCCUCUACUCGAUCCUUGUUUCCUGUCCGAAGUCACCGCCAAACGCAGCCGCCGGAAUCAGUCUCCCGCAGGUGCGGACCCUUUUAGACUUCCUGACAGUUAUACUGCUGCAGGCGGUGGCCGGUACGACCACAACUCCCGUAGUGUCCCGCGCAGGAGCUGGAUCAAAGCCCCCGUGGUGCCCCGCGCAGGAACUGGACUAUAACUCCCGUGGUGCCCCGCGCAGGAGCUGGACCACAACUCCCGUGGAGCCCCGCGCAAGAGCUGGACUACAGCUCCCGUGGUGCCCCGCGCACAUCCUAGCUGGGCUGGCUGCACCGCUGCGAUGAUGGUGGCAGCGGCUGCUGAUCGAAACAAGGAACCCAUCCUGUGUGUGCUGCGCCAGUAUGUGGAUCCUGCCCAGCGCGGCGUUCGCGUGCUCGAGGUAGCCUCCGGCUCCGGACAGCACGCCGCACACUUUGCACAGGCCUUCCCGAACGCCGAGUGGCAGCCGUCGGACGUGGACCAGCGCUGCCUGGACAGCAUUGCUGCCACUACCCAAGCCCAAGGGUUGUCCAAUGUGAAGGCUCCGCUGUACCUGGACGUGACCUGGGAGUGGGAGCAAUGGGGCGGGAUCCCACCGCGAUCGCUGGACCUGUUGCUCUGCAUCAAUAUGAUCCACAUCAGCCCCCUGAACUGCACUGAGGGGCUCUUCAGAGCAGCAGGACACCUGCUCAAAACCAAGGCUGUGCUGAUCACCUAUGGGCCCUAUGCAAUCAAUGGGAAGAUCUCUCCCCAGAGCAAUGUGGACUUUGACCUGACCCUCAGAUGCAGGAACCCAGAGUGGGGGCUUCGUGACACAGCCCUUCUGGAGGAACUAGGCCAGGCCAGUGGCUUGGUCCUGGAGAGGAUGGUGGACAUGCCAGCCAACAACAAGUGCCUGAUUUUCCGGAAAGAAUAGCAUCUCUGUCAAAAGUUGUCAUGGUACAAGCUUAACCCCAGCCCCUCCCUCACUGGGUCAGUCCUAGGGAUAAAUUAGUCCCACCUAGUCUGGUGCCUAAACAGGGCUGCAGAGAACAUUGUCCCAGUGGGCCUUAAAAUAAAGCCUUUCCAGCCCACUGUGGGCUAUCUAUAUCA